AUGCUUUCUUAUGCAAACGGAACAACGAUAGAUUUGUUGUCGUUAAUACCGAAAUGUGGUUCUUGUUUACAAGAGUUCGAUACGUUUCUGCACGCUCCACAAAUUUUACCGUGUUGUCAUACGUUCUGCCUGAUCAUCAAUAAACCAUCAGUCAGAACUUCGACGCCAUCAAAAAUUUGUCAAAUUAUAAAUAAAUGCUUUAUUCAACAUGUUCUGUUUAUUCAUUUUCUAGACGCAAACAAUGGGAAUCUAUACUGUGUGAUAUUUCAGUAG